AUGGAUCAGCUGGUUAUAGAAACAUCUAGACAUGAAGACUCAAGAAUAAAGAAAUGGUACAUUCAAGUUAGUGUGAGAAUUUCUGCAAAUAAGAAAGGGUGGUGCUUUGUGAGAUGGUUCCAGGAGACAUCUGUUAUGGUGGAAGAAAUUCAGUAUAAGGGUGUGAAGAGUCAAAUUGAGAGCUUCUCUAGAAGCAAACUGCUAAAGAGUAAAGAGACUGUUGGUGUAGCUACAAAGUGGAAAGAAUUAUGGAUAUAUCAAGUGAUAAGGUUCAUACAGUCAAGCGCACAAGGUUUUAUGAUUGAGAAUUAUAGAGACAGUGACAAAGAGGCAGUUCGCUCGGCAAGUGGAGCUUUAGAGUUGAGGAGUUUCUCGGUUAUCUUAAGUACAAAGACAAGGUCUGAGUAUACUGGGUUUUCAACGCAUCAGAGUUUCGAGAACGGGAUGCUUGAUGGUAGUUCAGACAUUGGAGACGGUAAGAGACAAGUGCAAGGUCUUGCAAAGAAUUUGUCUGCGGUUCAUUCACCUCAAGGGUUCAAAUCUGUUGGAUUGAAAGGGUUUGCUGAUUCAGAAGGGUUUCGAACCAGAUUGAGCAAAAAGAGUUGUAUCGGAAGUUUUCCUUUCUCUGUGAAAAUUGGAGUUGUCAAGGUUAGAGCAAGUUUAAAGGGUUCUAAGGAGCAGCUGCGAGGAAGUCUUCAAAAUGAAACAGAUAAGAGAAGCGUGACAACGAGACUACGCAAGUCGACGAGAGACGUGAGCUUAGAGUUAGAGGUAGAGAGAGUAACUGGUUUUGUGUUGGUGAGUGAGAGAAAGCUUGAGAGUGACUGUAAUCCGGUGAGCGAUUGUAACGGUCACUUGUAUGAGCUCGAGUUUGAGCUAUGA